GAGGGAACCUAUCGGCUAUUUCGGGUAUUUCCCUUCUCAAACCAAAUCAGCCGUGCUCUCGAACUGUUUAAGAAAACCGACCUUCGGGCAGAAGCCGCUGGGCCUAGUCGCCUGCCGCGAGUCCGCAUUUUAGCCUCCGCCAGCCGCCGUCCGCGCCAGCGCCACUCCAGGUCUCCGGAAUCGAUUCGCGACUGGCGACUUCCAAGUGCUAGUCUGAGCAUUGAAGAAUGGCGGGUAGGCGGGUGGUUAAGUCAGCUAGGUACAAGUUAGCAGUCAAGGGCCAAGGUGUCGAUGGCAUUUUGGAAAUGACCAUGGAAAGGUUCAUAUUUAAGCCUAAUGACCCAAUGUCAUCAGCAAAGCUCAAUGUGGAGUUUAGGUUGAUUACAGGCCACAGGUUUACUAAAGAGGGUUCCUCUAUUAACCCGCCCUUGCUUAAUCUUUUCCGGCAUCAGGGUAAAAACUAUAUAUUUGAGUUCGACGAAUUCUCAGACCGUGAUGCUUGCAGAGAUUUUGCAGCUUCAGCCAUUGCAUCUUGUGGACAUUCUGGGAUAACCACCCCUACACCUGCUGUGGAAAGUUCUGCAGCUCCAAAUAAUGAGCAACUCAGUGAAUCUGAAAUGGAACGUCGAGUUAAACUUCUGGAGGAUAGUGAAUUGAGGAGACUUCACAAGGAGUUAGUUAUUGGGGGCACUUUGUCAGAUGGUGAAUUUUGGGCGGCAAGGAAGAAAUUACUAGAUCAGAGCAAUGCUAAGAGGUCAAAUCAACAAGUAGCUUUGAAAAAUCACAUUUGGCAUAAAAAACUUACUACUGAUUGUCAGCCUAAUAAGAUUACUUUUAACUUGACACCGGAGAUCAUUCUUCAGAUUUUCACUGAGAAACCAGCUGUUCGUCAGGCAUAUCUUAAAUUUGUACCAAAGAAGAUGACAGACAAGGAAUUUUGGACCAAAUAUUCAAGAGCUGAAUAUCUCCAAGGCAUGAAAAAUGCUUUUGCAGCUGCAGCCGCCAUGGCAGCUGAAGAUGAGGAGCUUGCUGUAUUUUUGAAAAAAGAUGAAAUUUUGGCAAAUGAAGCUAGGAAGAAGAUUAAACGAGUGGAUCCAACACUGGACAUGGAAGCAGAUGAAGGCGAUGAUUACAUACAUCUACCAGAUCAUGGGCUGCCACGUACUGAUACUAAAGAGACUGAUGACUUACAAACUGAUCCAUACAGAAGGUCAUUUGGACAAGAGCUCAAUCGGCAUGCAGCCGUGGUGCUUCAAGGCAGAACCAUAAAUGAGUUAGGUGACCAAAAAGCUGUAGCAGAAGCACUUGGCACACGUGAAGUGGUUGGUGAAGAAUCUGACGAGAACCUUGGCAAAGAGCGAUCAAAACGGGCUUCUCGAAUGGCUGAGAUUGAGGAUCUUCAGGCACCUCCAGAACCCUCAGUUGCUCCAUUGUCUAUCAAGGAUCCUCGUGAUUAUUUUGAUUCUCAACAAGCUAAUGCAAUCAAGGCAUUUGGGGAUUCAGUAGCUAGUAACAGAAAAUAUAAGUUAAGUGUGAGCACUGAAGAAGCUUUUAGCUCCUUGAAGAAACUUAUUUCAGAAAUCCAUUCACAAGGAUUACUGGAGCCAAUAAUCAGCCCAGAAGCUUCUUUUAAGGUGUUCAGUGCGUUAACUCAGAACAUAUCAAGUACGAAAUAUAAUCUUGGAAAUGCCCCUCAGGAUAGUGUUUUGGAUAGGUUGCCAAAUACAACCAAGGAUGAACUAUUACACCACUGGACAGCUAUCCAGGAACUAUUGAAGCAUUUCUGGUCCUCUUAUCCAAUCACAGACAGAUACUUUUAUACCAAGGUGACCAAAGUGAAGGAUGCAAUGUCAAAGAUAUACCUGAAGCUACAGGAGAUCAAAGAAGCUGUGCAGUCAGAUUUGAGACAUCAAGUUUCCCUUCAUGUUCAGCCAAUGCUUCAGGCCUUAGAUGCUGCAUUUGCACAUUAUGAUGCAGAUUUGCAAAAGAGAUUGGCAAAAAGGAGAGUAAGGACAAAUGGACUCUGAUAGGCCUGACAUGAGAAUUAUUCAUACAGUCAUUUGGUGGUGUGGAAGCAGUUGCUUCUUACAGCUCUUUACCAACAGUACAUUUCACAAAAUUUUGUUGAAUGUUUUUACUCAAAGGUAACAAUGGUAGCUGUUGCAUCACAUUGAUUGAACUGGUCUUAUAAAUUUUGCACAUUUCCCUUAACUGCAAAGUUGGUAUCCGGAAGGAAUUUAUGGCGACGAGCAAAAUGUCCGUGAAAUGUUUACUGGAUCAAAUC